GCUACAACGUCCGCUGCGCUGACCAGUCCGAACACUGCCAUUGGAGCGGACGGUCGCGUUCGGGGAUGCCUCCGACCCUAUAGCUUGGGCCCAGCUGUCCUUCGGGAGGCUGGUUGCUUAGGCUUCCUAGGGUUCCCCUUCCAUCCGGCCGCCGCUGAGGCGAUCCCUUUCAUCGCCGCGGCCACCUCCCAUUCGCCGCCAUGCCCGAGGAAGAGGACGAUGAUGCGAAGAAGGGAAAGGGCAAGAAGGGCGGCUCCAAGGGCAAGAAAGGCAAGAAGGGCGGCUCCAAGGACAAGAAAGGCAAGAAAGGCGGCUCCAAGGACAAGAAAGGCAAGAAAGGAAAGUCUCCAAAGGGCAAGAAAGGCAAGUCGCCCAAGAAAGAUUCUGAGGGAGAUGGCUCCGCGACCGAAGAGGGAGGAGGAUCCGGAGGAGGAUCUGACGCUGGAUCUUCGCCCAAGGCUUCUCCGGGCACAGCCGCCGCUGGUGCUGCCCCGGCCGCGGGGGCUGCACCAGCCCCCGCGGCCGGUGGCGGCGCGGCUCCCGGUGCGCCUGGCGCCGUGCAGCCGAUGAAGAUGGGCGGCUACUAUAGCGAGGCACAGUCCAUGUACGAUGACGGCUACGACGACGACUUCUACGUCGACAUCACCUGCUACCCGCCGCGGAGAGGCGGUGGCCAGGCCCCGUCCCAGGCUGGCGGAUUCGGCGGAUACGACGACCCCUACGGCUACGGCCGCUGGCCCCCGCCGAGGCCCAUGCAGAUGCCCAUGGGCAUGGGCAUGUGGGGAGGCGGCGGCGGCGGCGGCCUGCCCCCCAUGCAGACCCGAGACGUGGGUCAGCAGAUGGGCCCGCAGACCACCACCCUGCCGCCCGGGUCGCCGCCGAUGGCCUUCAAGACUCCUUCGACUACCGUGGUUGUCAACAUGAGCGGCGAGAGGAUCAACCGCAGCGGGUCCCGGCCCAUGUCCCCAAUGAUGGGCAUGGGUGGCAUGGGCAGCGGCAUGGGCGGCGGCAUGGGCGGCGGCAUGGGCGGCGGCAUGGGUAUGGGCAUGAGUAGCAUGGGCGGAAUGGGAAUGGGUAUGGGCGGCAUGAGCAUGGCCAACAUGUCUCCCGCUGUACCCGGCAACAAGUCGCCCAUCGUCAUGUCGCAGCCGCUGACCGGGACCGGACUGACGCCCCAGAUGCAGCAGCUGCUGCUGCGAGGAAUGCCCGGAUACACGGCCACAGUUGUCCUCAUCCUGGUGCCAAACCCUUGAAGAAAAGACCCUCGGUGGCUCGAGUCAUUGCCCGAGCAGCAAUAAAUUCGCUCUGCGCUGC